CCGAGCAGACAGCCGCGCCGGCGCAGGAAUUCCCUUCUGGGCGCUGAGCUGUCCGGCCGCGGUCCAGCGCCCCGCGUCAGGCGCAUCGAGGUUCGCGUCCUCCCCUCUGCGGACCCGGCGCUGAAGCAGCCCCGCCGCGCCCAUCGCUCCCGGGACCAGGCGGAGCGAGGCGGCGCUGACCACCAGAGCCGCUGGGCCCACUGGGCCCACCUGGACUCACCUGGCCCACCCGACGCCCUGGGGUACAUGGACGCGCGGGGACCGGAAGCCCCCAGCGGGGGCGCGCUGCGGGACGCGGCAGAAAAUCUAUUUCAGGAACUUCAAGAACAUAUUCAAGCUCUGAUUGCAACACUAAACCUCAGAAUGGAAGAAAUGGGAAAUCGCCUUGAGGACUUACAGAAGAAUGUAAAUGACUUAAUGGUGCAAGCCGGGAUUGAAAAUUCUAUUAAAGGACAAAUGACCUGAAGACAGCAGACCAGAAAAUGUGAUAAAAUGAAAACUAUACUUUUUUUUUUGGUGAGGAAGAUUGGCCCUAAGCUAACAUCUGUUGCCAAUCUUCCUCUUUUUUCUAUGUGGGACACAGCCACAGCAUGGCUUGAUGAGCAGUGCGUAGGUCCAUGCCCGGGAUCCGAACCUGCAAACCCCGGGCUGCUGAAGUGGAGGGCACAAAAUUAACCAGUACGCCACCAGGCCAGCCCCAAAACUGUACUUUUUGAGUAAAAAUCUACAUAGCAUGAGUUCUAAUUUUUUGUAUUUAAUUUAAAAAUUCAUUUUAGUAAAAUAAAAGAUUAAAAGAACAAAGGCAAUGCAAUCAGAAUGUAAUUCGGAAGGUGAUUAACCACUUAACAAAGAUGGUUGUAAACUGGCAGAACGUUUUUCAAUGCACACCUAAUACUUGUAAAUCAUGGAAGAAAAGCAUAAACUAUAUUAGGUCAAAUUAAUUUUUCCUGAAUUAAGUUCUACAUAGAUCUUUUACACAAAAUCAUAAGCAGUUUUCUGACAGCAGUUGCUUUGUAAAUAACUGCAUUCCAACUCAACAUUUCCAGUCACAUCGUUCCGGAAAGACUCAUUUUAAUCUGUCCAAUCCAAACAGAUACUGAUAGCAAUGUUCUCCAAACCAGAUCAAACCAAAUGAAAACCAGGAAAACGGGUGAUCCAGGGGCUCAGGGUUUACUUCCUAGGUCACCGCACACUCCACCCAAAGAGGUCGUUACAAGAGGGGCCCAGACAGCACACGAAGGCUUAAAUAUAGAGACGUUUUUAAAUAACUGUCCAAUUCACCUCUCUCCAGGCCAAAGUAAAGUAGAGCAAGGACCACGUAAAAGGGGUCAGUUAUAGGCUCUCAUUGUAAAAAAUAACAUUAUUCCUGCAUAUAAAGUAAAUCAUAUUCUUCAUACAAAAGUCAAAAUCACCCAUAAUCCUACAAUCUAGAAUUAACCAGUCAACAUUUGUUUCUAUGUAUACAAUUUUGUAUAUAGUUGAUUGUAUUGUUUAUAAUCUGGUAUCCUGUUCUCUUUCAUAUCAUAAACUUUUUUUCCCAUGUGAAAAUUUCAUAUACUUUUUUAUGGCUGACUAAUAUUCUACCAUAUGGCUGUAAUAAUUUAACCAUUCCCUUGGACAUUGAGAUUAUUUCCCACUUUCUUGCUAUUAUACAUAAUGCCAUAAUGAGCACUGUUAUCCAUGAAUUCUCUGCAGUUUCAUUAGGGUGAGAAGUCUGACCAAAAGCCAAAUGCUUCCGAGAAAGGAACAGUGAGAACCCAACAGUGGUGUGUAUCUUUUUUAAUCCAAAGUUUUAAAAUUGUAUCAUUUAAAUUCAGUAUUCUUGGUGGUUUAAAAUCAUGAUAUCUCCAUUUGAUUAUGUGAAAAAUCUCAAAGCAUCUUAGCUCUAAUUAAAAUUUCAGCAGAAACUAAAGUGGAUAUUUUAAUUGAAGUAAAACCAGAUUUGAGUCUUCAUCAGUAACACAGAACACUGUUUAAAAUCCAAGAUUUUUAAGAAAUUAGAAAUUAAAGUAUAGGGCCGGCCCCAUGGCUUAGCGGUUAAGUGCGUGCGCUCCGCUGCUGGCUGCCCGGGGUUCGGAUCCCAGGUGCGCACCGAUGCACUGCUUCUCCGGCCAUGCUGAGGCCGCGUCCCACAUACAGCAACUAGAAGGAUGGGCAGCUAUGACAUACAACUAUCUACUGGGGCUUUGGG